CAAGAGGCUAUCCACCCGACCGACAUCUGAUCUGAUCUGACAACAAUGGUCGACAACAACACUGUACUUCCCAACAAACUCCCGUGAUGGCCAACCUCUCUCACGGGCAACCUACCGAAUUCAAUGACUUCAGGUCACAGUUGAAUGGAUUGUUAGCAACUCUGCAAAAACUUCCGGUGGGAGAAAAGCAGACAGCCAUCAAUCUUCUGAAGGUGACAGUUAAUCACCAGUUAGAGAAUUCAAUUCCUCUGAAAGACAAACAAGCCCUGUCUGAAACAGAAAAAUACUUUUACCAGGAUGGAGGUAGUCAAUGCUCAAUACAGGAAGAAGUAAGUCAAGAGUCAGAAAGUGAGUUUGAACAGCAUCCAAGUGGUGUAAAUGAAGGACAGGAAAUAGAUGAAGACUUGUGUCUCAAUCAUGAGGUCCCACAGUCCCAGGUGCAUCCUCAAGUCUCCCAUCUAAAGCAUACCAUUGGAGAGAAUAUUUCAUUCAAUAUAUUACAUCACCUGUCUGACACAGAUUGCUUAGAAAGUACCCUUUCAGAAACAGAUGUAAAGGAUGAUGAACUAUCACAUAAGGACUCCAGAUCAUGCAAAGAUGUUGAUACCAGAAAAAAUGUCACUUCUGAUCUCAGGAUCAGCAUAGAUACUGGUCAGAAUUCUCAAAGUAACUGCUGCCUUAAGGAUAACUCUGUCAUUCACAGAAAGGAAGAUGGAAUUCUUAUCCAGAUGGCAAGUGAAUCUCAAAAACAUUUAUUGGAUGGUAGGACAUUGUACAGCUUGCAUAGUGAACUGAAAGAUGAUGGAAGCAAUGAGAAUCAAGAACGUGCCUGCUUGGAGAGCCUAGGAAAGUACAGUGAAGUAUUGCAUGUGUGUGAGCAAGACAGACUUCUGGGCCAUGCUGAUGAACACACAGCAGUGCCUCUGCUGACUCACAAUGAACAACAGUUGACUCUAAUUACAUCAAGGGAGUUCUGUGAAGGCGGCCAAGAAGUGUCCGAAUUAAGAACUAUUCUUGAUUCACAGGAUCAUGACAGAGAUUUAAGUGUGUUAGAAGACCAAAGUGGACAUGACUCCCAGGAUUAUGGCUCCGGAGAACCUUUGUUACAUUUGAAAAUAAUCGGUGGAAAACAUGAUCGCAGUGAGAGCAAAUUUGUUUCUUGUGAUAAGGGUAAUGCUCUUAAUGAAAAUAGUUGUAGCUCACUGAAUUUAUCACAUUUCCAUCCCAUAAGUGAUAGAGACAACAUAUAUUCUGAAGAAAACUCAUAUUUGCUGCCCUAUUUAGAGAGGGAUAAUUAUGAAAAAAUUGGAUAUAAAAUUGAGAGUAUUACCAAGAAAAGUGAUCAAGAGAGUUUGGAAAAGACUUUAGAAGCAUCUUACUCUGGUAGUGAUUUUGGAUGUAAUGAGAGGAAUAGUGAGAUGGUGGGAGACCUCGAACAUGACAAGACUCCAGUGGACUUGAGCAGCACCUCAAAUAGUGUACAAAAUGCAAAAAUUGAUACUUCCAUCAUUGGCCUAGAGGAAUCAGUCACUGACCCUCAGCAGCCCCAAGGGAUUGUGUCCAGCAGGGAUCACAGCCAUGCAUGGGAUAGAAAUCAAAAAAAGCCUAGCAAAGCACAGCAUAAACAGAGACAGAAAAGAGUUCGUUCAGAAAACAAGAGACUUAAGCCUGCCAAACACAGCAAGACUUCAUCCUUGAAAGAAGAAGGUAGAUUUGUUGAAGAAACAAAUGCUUUUGAAUUGGAUGAAAGUGAUGCUGUGGAGAACUUGGAUAUAAAUAAGGAAUCAUUUCAUAAUAUGACCUUGAAAGAAAUUUCUAAUAAUAUUAAAGGAAAGGACAAGCAGGAUUGCAAUUUUGAGGCAAGCAUGUCCUCUAAUGACAGACUUGUUGAUUUAGAUAUUGAAAAGAACAAUACUGAAGGCAGCAAUGAGCACUUGGGGCUAGAUGUCAGAGAAAAGUCUGAUUGUCUGAAGGAAGCUAACAAGGCACAGGAUAAAGGGAAUGCACAGUCUUCCAAUAUGCUACCUGUGAGCUGCAGGAACUGUAAAAAGGAGCUGCCAGACGUCUUAUUAUUUCUGGUUCAUCAACGACAAUGCGAAGGUCACCUCUCCUGCCCCAUCUGCCCUGCAAAAUUUGUUCAUAAGGUGACUUUCUCAACACACAUGGAAGGACACAAGAGAAACAUUUGCAGCAAGUGUUCUCAGAGUUUUUGCAGCCAUAAGAAGUUGAAGGCACAUAUGAAGGAAGAGCACAACUUUGACCUGGUUUCCAAGUCUUACCCUUGCAACAAAUGCAGCAGAACUUUUCUGAAGCGUUCCUCACUGUACUACCACUUCAAAGUUCAUGCAGUUGAUGAUGAGGAAGUAUGUCAGAAGUGUGGAGCUUUCAUCAAGGGAAAAGAAACCUUCAACCUACAUAUGGCUGACCACCACAAGGCUACCAAGUUUCACUGUAAUAUUUGUUCAGCAAGCUUCAAGCGCCGCCAACAAUAUGAUGACCAUUUAAGGCAUCAUAAGAAGAACAAAUGUGAAAUCUGUGGCCAGCCUUUCACAACUAAGCGUGCAUUGAUACGUCACUGUCGCCAUGAACACAAUACACUACCACAGAAUAUCACUCUGGACCGCGAGUACAAGUGUGAUAAGUGUGACAGGGUGUUCAACAGGCCUUCUCUUCUGCGUCACCACCUGCAGCUACAUCGAGGAGUGAAGCUCGAGUGUCGGCUGUGCAACAAACAGUUCAGUCACAAGCGUGGUCUUCGGAAACACAUGAACAGCAUAGUGCAUGAGCACACUCUUCUAACCAACAAUCUGCAGAAGGACCAUGCAUAUGACAUGAAGCAAAACUAUGCCUAUGCCUGUGAAUACUGUGGUUUGAAGUUACCCACAAGACACUUACUCUCCACACACAGCAGACUGACACACAAGGUGGGCAUCACCUGGCACUGCCCUCACUGUGACUACACCACCAAACGCAACCACACCCUUAAGAGACACAUGGAACUGCAUUCGGAAAGUCGCAACUUUAUGUGUGAAAUCUGUGGUAAUUCUUUCCAAGCCCUCGCCACUCUCAAGGAUCAUUAUAAUUUUGUGCACUCUGAGGAACGUAAUUACAAGUGCAACGAAUGUAACAAAAGCUUUAAGAACAAGUCUUCUUUAGCACGGCACAGUCGCACACACUCUGAUGACCGACCAUACAAGUGCCACUGUGGGACUACCUACAAGAGGCUAUCCCAUCUAAAGCGGCAUUCAUCAUCAGCUCAUAAAGAAAUCAUGAAGUCCAGGGCUGUAAAAAAGCUGAAGAGGUCUGAAGAUUUUGAUAUUAAUAUAAGUGAUCCUGUUACUGGACAGGAAAUUACUGUUUCAAAAGAAUUUUCAGAGAAUGAGGAAUUUGACUUUGUGCCUGUCAGCACUUGUUCCCUCUCACCAGUGAUUCAGCCAGAUGCAUCAGGGAAAUCUGACAUACCUCUCCCAGCACAGGAAAGCAUCAUACUAAUGGGUGAAAACUCAAACUCUGAGCAGAGCCACCUCAUCACCGUUGGGGAUUCACAAAUUAUUCAGCUUAUUCCAUCAACAUUUCAAUUUCCUCAAGAGAACUUUCAGACUGUAUCAUUGGUGUCUGCUGGUGAUCUCCAAGCUAUUCCUCUGUCCACUUCAACCACCUACAGCCAGGGAGGUCAGAGUGGUCCAGUGGUGGUGGAGCCGUUCAGUCUGUCGCAGAACUCGGAGGCAAUGGUGAUGGUGCCUGCUGGACACCACUUAGGAGACACAGAUGCCAUUCCCACAUUGCACACACUAGAAAAUGAGGCCCUAGCUGAGUCAGCAAGAAUUGGGAGGGAAACCACAAAUCAUGGUGUCAAACAAGAAAUUGCUCUGUCUACCCUUGAGGGCCAUACAGAGCUACCAGUGAGCCCUGGCCUGGACACCUACAGCUACAGUGGUGCAGGUACCUCUCCUCAGACAACCAACCUGCUGCCGCCACUCCCUCCACUACACUUCAUUACCCACACUCACUCCCACAACACCAGUCAGGACAUCUUGCCAUCAAGCCUCAUAUGUGCUGACUUUGUGCUUCCAGGGGAGGGGAAUAGAUAAUUUGAAGGAUAAACAUCUCUGUAGAUUUUAAUGUCUUUCGAGUUUUGAGCUUGGUCUUUCCCAUUCUAGUGGUUGAUGGGAAACUACAAAUGAAGGUAUUCAUGAUCAUUUACAAAAAGUUUAUAUCUACUAGCGCCUUAGUUAGGACUUUGGCCAUUUCUCCCUCUCAAUCAAUUAUCUUCCUGUCGUUUUACAAUACUAGCUUUAAAAGUGUUCAGGACCUUUUAUAGUAGAAUUUUCCCAGUGACAGUGUAAAAUAUUUUUUUGUUAAGUACUAUUUUUGUAUAGAAUAAAUAAAAACACUUAGUGUAACAUUAUGAUUGUAAGUGACAAAUGUGAUUUUUUUUUUCAUUUAAAGACUUUCAGAAACGUUUGUUACAGUGACUGUGAUAUCUAUUUAUUAAAAAUGAUUAUUUACA